CUGGUCUUUACGUUCCUUCCGUGUAGAUGGCGGUUUGUACAUAACAAAACUAUGCACGGGAUAUAAUUUAAGCCCUUCGCGCGUGCUGCCAGACGCUAUGAUGAACGGGCCUGAAAAAGAGGGGGCGGAGAGUCCUUUCUAACUCCGCCCCCCUAGCCGCGACUCGCUUGUUUGGCUUUUGCCCCCCCCCCCCGCCUUUCCCGGUUCUUUUUAAUCUGUUGUCAAGGUCAGCGCAUGCGCGACAAAAGCUGCCGCGAUGGCGUCUCUCUUGGAGCAGGUGUCGCUGCGCUUCUCCCGCUUGACCAUGUUCCCCUUCUUUGACCUGGCGCAUUACGCGGUCUCCGUGAUGUCGCUGAAGGAACAGCGGGGAGCAGCUGAAGUAUCUUACCGCAGCCCAAUUGCAUGUUGGUUUAGCGCUAUGCUGUACUGUUUUGGUGGGUCCAUGUUAUCUUCGCUGAUGCUUGCGGAGCCUCCAGUUGCAUUUCUUGCCAACACCACAAGUGUCCUCCUUGCCUCCUCUGUCUGGUAUCUUGUAUUUUUUUGUCCGCAUGAUCUAGCCUACCGCUGUUUCUCUUUUCUACCUAUACGACUGAUGCUUGCAGGGAUGAAGGAAGUGACUAGAACAUGGAAAAUAACCGGCGGAGUUGCUCAUGCUCACAGCCACUACCACAAUGCCUGGAUGAUAAUGAUAGUAGUUGGCUGGGCCAGAGGAGCUGGUGGCGGCCUAAUAUCUAACUUUGAACAGUUAGUGAGAGGUGUAUGGAAGCCUGAAACAAAUGAACUGCUGAACAUGUCCUAUCCUGUGAAAGUAAGCUUGGUAGGAGCUGUACUCUUCACAAUGCAGCAUACCUUUUAUCUUCCAGUAGCAAAACCCAACCUCAUGUUGUUUUACACCAUCUUCUUGGUAGUCAACAAGGCACUCAUGAUGCUAAAGGAAUGUGCAUCUUCUCCGUUUGCUUCAUUUGAGAAGGUGCUGGGUAUCCUCCUCUUUGGUCAGCAGGCAGCUUCUCCGAAAGCUAAGAGUGAGGCCAAGGUACCUUACAACGGUGCCUCCUCAGACUAUGAUCAUACUACUUCAGGAGAGACGGGUGACAGUGUUAAGAAAAGGCAUGCAAAGAAAUCUGAAUAAAAGUAUAGAAAGUGAUGUGGAUGGCCGACACUGGCUUGUUUGUGUGAGCCCAUAAACAUGUAACUUUUUCCCCCUAAUGAUGUGAAAUGACAAUUGUGUAUAAGGAAAUUCAUAUAGCAAAUGGUUUGCUGCAACAUGGUAAAAGGUUUCCUGUGCAAGCUCCCAGUUUGGUGAAGCUCUUGCAGGCUACACUGCCCAUGAACUUUUUGUACUAUUGACAACUCCUGCAACUGCCAUGUGGCUCUAUGUAGCCUCUGAAUUUUUUUUUUGUAAACAAGAAUUGGUUUUUGAAAGAGAUGCAUCAUGUUAAAUUUUUUCUAUCAAAUGUAACUGAAAAAAUAAGAGAUUAUAUUGUGAUUUUACUUGUACAAGGAAUUUUUAUUGUGGUUUUAAAUACGUUUUCUAGUAAGAAAACAAUACUAACUUUUUAAAAGCUUGAUUAAAUAUUUUCUAGCACUAGCCAAAUGCGAUUGUUGGAAUUGACUAUUUUUGUUGAUUAUAACUUAUUUGGGAGAUGAUCCAGCAGAGUUGAGCAUAUUAAAAUCCAAUGGGUGAGAUUUAAGAAUGCACAUUUAGGACUUCAUUUUUGGCUAAAUUGUACCCUGAUGUUUUCAUUUCACAGCAGGGGGCUACUCUCCCAAUAUUUCAAUACACUAGAUUUUAAUCUAGUUGAGCAGCAUAAACCAUCUUUGUGAAAAGAUAAUGUAUUCAAUAACUGAAAGAAACAAUGGUUUGUGCUAUCAAACCUCCUAAGAAACCAGCUUAAGCUUCUAACAACAACAAAAAAUCUUGAUAAUACUGCUUGCCAAAUUGUCUUGCAGACACAAAUUUGUAAGUUUUCACACUUGACUGUAAUCACAAGUAGUUUUAUAGUUUUCACAAAAUUUUUCAUACUAGGUUUUCAAAUCUUUCUACGUUUAGUCACUGGAACCACUUGGCUAUUAAAUGGUUUGUAAACAUGAGAUUCUCUCUUCCUUGCUGGGUUUAAGGGACAAUGAAACUGAUUGAAACUCAAAUUCAUAUAGGUUGUGGGGUUUUUUGAGUGUAUUUUUCAAUCAAGACAGACAAUGUAGUAAGAACGCAGACUCCUCUAAAAUAUCUGUAAUUUUAUUUAAAUAGAAAUUGCAUUCUAGACAGGUUUCCCCAUCUAAUUUGGCAUCUCAGCUUGUCUAAUGCUACCUAGGUGUAGAGCUAGGUUUGUGCAACAUACCAAGCUAAGUAUAUCAGCCAUGUAUAGCUGCUGAUCAGGGGCCUGUUAAACCAGGUGUUUCUGUGGCCUGCCUGGGAUGGAAAAACCAGGAUGGAAUUGCCAAUUACCUGGCAGGAAAUAAAAGUAGGAAGGGACCACUUGCGGGGAGCUCCCCUUCCUUUUCCCCUCAGUUGCCUGCUAGGCCAGAAUACAUGGCUGGUGUCUGUGCUUGGCAUGGUGGGUUAGAAGUUGUGUAGCCGUGCUUUAGAAUUAUAUCCAGCUAAGUCAUACUCAGAGUAGAACCACUGAAAUCAAUGGACAUAAGUAGCGUACCUUUCUUGAUUUCCAUGGGUCAGCUCUGGAUAUGACUAACAUUGAAUAUUGCCCUCUUUAGGUAAGGAGGUUGUGACUUCAAAUGUUUUUCUUUUAUAAGUAGCUCUGUGUGUGUGUGUGUUUGUGAGAGAGACAGAGAGAGAGAGAGGAUUUUUUUUAAAAGGAAGUUUCAUUCCUCCCCCCUACAUCUUUCAAUGCUAAAUUUUCCUCUUAAGUGGUUUGUUCUGGGAGAUUGUAAUUAGAGUAUCCAGAAAAUUUACUGGACUCUUGAGUGUCCAUGUAACAUUAUACUGAGUUUUGUUAUCAGGCAGCUGAAAAGUACUUGAGGCAAACACCAUUAAGCAAUGUGCUUCCAACAUUUUAUGACUUUUUUGUGUGCACUGGUAAAGUCACUGACGUCUUUUGUAUGACUGGACCGAACAAGCAUCUGGAUGCUAUUUGCUACUAGAUUUGUGUACUGCAUUUGGUGCUGUUGACGACAACAACCUCACAGUAAUUGCACUGUAGUUCUUACUGCACAAAAUUGGUGAGAAAAUGUAUUUUAAAAUUACUGUUGCGAUAUUUACAGUUGUUAGCCAGAAAAUGGCCUGCUUUGUAUUUGGAUACACUAUGUGUUUUAAAUCCCUGCUAUUAAAAAAAAUGGAAACAGUUUGUCUUGGUGCUGUUAGCAGUGUGAUGGGCAAAUACUGAGCAAAACAAAUAUGUUUUCUUGCUCCAUAGGAACUUUGGCAUGUUCUCAUUAAAACACUAGAAUUGUUCUGCAAUUUUGUUGUAUAGCAUUUCAAUGUGUUUCUACUAGUUCAGGUAUGAGGUUUGCUGCCCUUGGGCUCCUUGGGAGGAAGGGCGGUAUGUAAAUUGAAUUAAUAAUAUUAAUGAAAAUAAUGUGUCUGAAUCUUCUUUCAUUCCCUUUGGCUACAACCUAAUACCUGACAAAGGCAUUCAACAUUGAGUGCCACACUAGAGAAACACCCCCACUACCAUUCCACACGCAAUUAAGCUUGUUUAACCCUGUCUUGGGAUAGUGGAGAGGAACUCUAAAUGUUUCUUCCUUGUGCCUUUUAAACAUAACCCUCCUGCCCUAGCCAAAAGCCCUGUAGCAAUCUGAUAGUAAGGUCAAACCAGACCCCAGUUAGGUUGCUCUUUGUUUCAGACCAUGAGGUGCACGUGACUCCAAUUUCAUGUAAAAAUAUUAAACUCUUAUUAUUUUAUAGUCUAAAGGAUAUUUGUAAUGCAGGUAUGUUAUCUGGUCUGUAAGGACUCCGGUGAGAAUUCCUGUGAGGCUUCACAAAUAAGAUUCCUUUACUCUUGGGAUUGCUAAUGUGAUGCUUUCCAGAGGUGAUUGGGUGACAACCCCACCACUUAUCAUGGCCGUGCUGCCUGAGGCUGAUAGGAGUUCUAGUUCCAACAUCUGGAGGGGCUACCUGUCUUGCCCACACUUCAGUCCUAUAAAUCUUUUCUCAGAAGCCAGACCCACUUUUCAAUAGGGCUUAGUCUCCAAUAACCGUGGUUAGGAUUGCAACUUUGUUUACAUG